AUGCAGGCAGUCUCGACUGGCAUAUUCUUCAAUGUGAACGGAAAGGAUGUGAAGGAAAAAAACUUCGAUCCGGAACUCACCCUCGGGUAUUAUCUCAGGAACAAGUGUAGGCACCUAUGACGGAUCUGCCCCCAACAUAACAGGAUAAUUUUCAGUAGGCCUGCGCGGCACAAAGUUGGGAUGCGAGGAGGGAGUGUGUGGCUCGUGCACAGUGGUCCUCGGUACGUGGGACGAGGCACUCAACAGGGCAGUCUACCGGGCAGUCAACGCCUGUUUGGUGCCUCUGUUCCACGUGCACACGACAUUUGUGAUCACUGUCGAGGGCGUCGGAAGUCGCGAUAAGAUCCAUCCGAUCCAGGACAGAAUGGCCAGGGGACACGCCGUGCAGUGUGAGCUUUUGAUGCAUGAACUGACAUACGUAAACGUGCUCUUUCUUCCAGGUGGCUUCUGCUCUCCUGGAUUUGUGAUGUCCGCCUACGCCCUCCUUCGAAACCAUCCCAAUCCAACGAUUGAGCAAAUCAACACUGCGAUCAAAGGAAAUCUGUGCAGAUGCACUGGAUAUCGUCCGAUUCUCGAGGCUCUCUACAGUUUCUCGGAUCAAUCGGGCGGAUGUUGUGGAGGAAAUAAGCAGGGAGGAGGGUGUUGUAAGGAUGAGGAAGUUGCCGGAACCGGAUACGACGCCAAGCUGCUCACAUUUGAUGAUUUCCCCAAGUAUGACCCAACUCAAGAAAUCAUUUUCCCACCGUCCCUCAGGGUGUGUGAACUAAUUAAACGCCUAACUUUUGAUCUCUGUACAUUCAGACGUACGUCGACAGCCAGAACAUCAUUGCUUUGAAAGGAGAUCGAGUACGGUUGAGCAUUCCGAAAACUUUGGAUCAAUUCGAAUUGGUAAAGAAAGAGUCACACACUGUCAUUUCAUCCGGACUUAUUACAAGACUUUGUGAGUGAAAAAGGGAGGAGUAGACUUUAACGUUGAAACUUUUGCAGUAGUCGCGUUUAGGCCAGAUGCGUUAACCGUAAAAUGGGUCACAACAAAGUACGUCAAAGAGUUUAACGAGAUAAUUGUGACUCCGGAAACUGUGACAAUCGGAUGCGCAGUCGUCAUACAAAGUAUUCUUAUGAAUAUCACGACUAGAAACUAGCAUAAUCCAUUCAGAACUCUCGGAAACGCUUUCCACUUACCUCCAUACCAAUAUGCAGCCUGCCAUUUUGGACCUCUCUAAAAAGUAUUCCUCUCCUCAAGUUGCCAACUUUGCGGUAUUCACAAUAUCGUUUCCAUCCUUAUUCGCGAUUUCAGACGUGGACGGGCGCCGUCGUGACAGCCCCGAAAGCAUUGCGAUCAGUCAGUGACAUCACACUUCUCUUCACUAUUCUCGAUGCAAAGUUGACGAUUUUAACUGAAGCGGGAUUCAGUUUGGAGAUCAAAAUUGAAGAGUUUCUGCAAAGAGGACUGUUAUCCGGAGAGACUGUUGUGAAUUCCAUUUUUAGCAGAUCGGAUGUACUUAAAUUCUAGUCAACUCAUUUUACACACAAUGAUGCUUUCAGAAUCGUCGUCUGUUCUGUUUUAAAUUGGGGGAAACCAGUGAGCACGACAGUACUCUUUUCAACUUCGCCGCACUUGUUGGCGACGAUUCGACCAGAGCUUUCGUCGGAUUGGGAGGCCCGCCAAAGCGCUUGACAGAGUUGGAACGGCAUUUGAACGAGAGGAAAAGGUUUGACAGUUGCAACUAAUUAUUUGAUAAUUCAAAUUCACUUUAGCAUUGACCAAUCGUCAUUACUGCUUGCUUGUGGACUUCCAGUAAAUGCCUAUCUCGAAAAGGCGAUAAGUAGACUCAUCGAAUUUCUGAAGGCCGACGGUGAUUGUGGUGGUUUACUCGAAAAUUCGGAACCUGUCAACUAUCUUCAGUUCUAUAAGGUAAGCACAGAUUCCUGAUCAUCUGUUUCUAUUCUUUAUAGCCUUCUCUCAACGAAUCGGUCGGCCGCCCGAUCGCAAAUUACUUCAACGAGAGAACUAUAACAGGCGAAGCGUUGUACAUCAAUGAUAUCAAAGUUCAUGGUUAGUUGUUUGACAAGUCUAUGAAAUUAAAACAUCAAUGAAAACUGUUUUAGACGGUGUUCAUCUCGGAUUCGUUCUUUCCUCACACGCGCACGCAGAAAUCUUGAGUAUAGAUCCGACGGAAGCUCUCGAACUCAAGGAUGUGCUCGGAUAUUUCGGAGUGGAAGACGUUCCAGGAAUGAAUGUUCCCGGGCUUUCGCUGGUCAACGUCAAUUUUCCGGACGAUUCACCGGUGUUCGCGGAUAAAAGGGUCGAAUCGGUGGGUCAGGUGAUCGGAGUGAUCGCCGCGAACGACGUGGUGGUGGCGAGAAGAGCGGCAAAGUUGGUGAAGGUCGCGUACAGACCGCUUCCCGCUCUCAUCGAACUGGAAAAGGCGAUAGAAGCAGACUCGCUGCACUGUGAUAUUAUGGACUUUGGAGUGACGGAAGAUGAGGUGGAGACGAUGUUCGCUGAAUGUGACAAGGUUUUGGAAGGAGAAGUGUACGCGGGAGCACAGGAACACUAUUACUUGGAGACACAGAGCAGUCUGGCCGUACCGGGAGAGGGAGAUGAAAUGUAAGAGUGAAAUGACGGCGGCAGGAAGUUAUGCGUCCUUUUCCGACAUUUCAGGGUUAUCCACUGCUCGACUCAAGGAACCAGUUUCAGUCAGCUGAUGAUCGCGAAAGUUCUUGACCUGAAGGCUCACAAGCUCAUAGUAAAAGUGAAUAGAACAUCCAUCGCUUUUCUAUUGUUUCAAUGUCCACCAAUUCAGACAAAGCGUAUGGGCGGAGCGUUCGGAGGAAAAGUGACAAGUGCCACGUGGAUCGGCGCAAUGUGUGCAAUUGUGGCUCAACGGCUGAAACGGCCAGUGUUCGGACACCCCUCCCGAUCAGACGAUUUAGUGAUGACAGGAAAAAGACAUCCGAUUUAUGCUAAAUACAAGUUAGUAGAUAACAUUUUUGAACAUUUUAGUACAAUCUUUUUCAAGAGUUGGAAUAGACGCGGAAGGUAAAGUGAAGGGAGCUCAUCAUAAAGUGUACGUGGACGGCGGAUGGACUAAAGACCACACGGACGGAGUGACGACGGUGAUCGGAAUAAAAGUGGACGACGUCUACGACAUGGGAACAGUUCGGUUUGAGGGAUAUCAGGUCAAAACGAACAAAUGCAGCAGCACCUCGUUUCGAGGAUUCGGAAACCCGCAGGCUAAACUCAUUAAUGAAGGAGUUAUGAGGAGAAUCGCACAUGAAGUCAACAAAAGUACCCAUGAAGUCUGACAGUGGACGUAUACUAUAUAAUUCAUGUUGAACUUUCAGAUAAAAAAACUGAACUUUAACGUGGAAGGAGGGAAGAACUAUAUGGGCGGCACGAUCCACAGUGACGCGCACACAGAAUGCUGGCAAUGCUGUGAACUGUUUUCUGAAUUCGAGAGAAGGAAGAUGGAAGCGGAGGAGUUCAACAGGUAAAAUAAUUGUUUUUUGGAUGGAUACGCUAAAAGUACAUAUAGGAGUUCGAAGACGGUGAAACGUGGAGUUGCCAUGUCAUCAGUACGGUUCGGACUACCGCAUACUGAAUCUUUCGGACAAGGAGUCGCCAGUGUCUUGAUUAACUUGGACGGAUCUGUUCAGUUGUCGAUUGGAGGAACCGAAAUGGGACAAGGACUGAAUCAGAAGAUGAUGCAAGUUUGUGCAGAAGCACUCAAGGUGAGACAUUUUGAUGAACAUGAACUUUUGAAUGUAUCAAAUGUUGUUACAGAGACCAGUUGAUACCAUCACGAUAGUGGACAAUAGCACGGACAAAGUGACGAAUUCACCCGAAACCGGAGGAAGUCAGGAUACGGACACGAACGGAAUCGCAGUUCUCGCGUGUUGCGAGAAGAUCAUGUCGAGAUUGCAGCCGUUUGUGGACAAACAUGAAGGAGACUGGAACACAGCCGUCAUGGAAGCCUUCAACGCGUUUAUACCUUUACAGGCCAUUGAGUUUGGAUAGUAAGUUGCAUAGUUGCAGCUUCUUACGUCAAGUCCGAUAAUGAUUACAGUCCAAAUAGGAAGCAGUUCGGUGUAAAGGACGAUGAUGCAGCGUACAACACGACGGGAGCAUGUGCGGUGGAAAUGGAAGUGGACUUCUUGACCGGGUACAACCGAGUGAUUCGAGUGGAUUUAGUGAUGGAUGUGGGCGAGAGUCUCAAUCCGGCCAUCGACAUCGGACAGAUCGAAGGGGCAUUCAUGCAGGGAUACGGAUAUGUCACCUGUGAAAAAGUCACUUACAACAAAGAAACAGGACAUCUUCAUCAGAACAUGGCGGGAAAAUACAAGAUUCCGAAAGGAUCGGACGCCCCGAAAGACUUCAGAGUCAAGCUAAUCGGAGUGAAUAAGUCGUACGGAGCGCAAGUAUACUCGGCAAAGGGAAUCGGAGAGCCCCCGUUGAUGAUGUCUUGUGGAGCAGUACAUUCGGCAGUCAUGGAGUGCAUUGACACCUACAGAAAAGAGAACGGAAUGCAUGAUUUUGUGGAAACUGUCUCUCCGUUGAGUGCUGACAAGAUUUUGGAAUUGUGUUUCAUUUGA